UUCUCCACACCACUACGCAGUAGCAAUGCCGAUCUUACGCGGGAGGCCAUCCCACAGUCUGAUCGCACUUCUCUCUGUUGCGAUGAUCCGCACCCUUGCUGGCCCGGCCAUGGCAGCGCUGGAGAACCAGACCGGGCAGGUGUCCGUCUUCUGGGGCCGCCACAAGGACGAGGGCUCCCUCAGUGAGGCCUGCGACUCCGGUAUGUACACCGCGGUGAUCAUGUCCUUCCUCAACGUCUACGGCGAUGGAAGGCACCAGCUCGACCUGUCGGGCCACCAUCUCGCUGGCAUCGGAGACGACAUCGAGCACUGCCAGUUUGUUGGCGUCCUGGUCUCCCUCUCCAUCCGAGGUAACUACUCGCUCGCAAGUAACCAGUCCGCGCUGGUCCUGUCCGACAACAUCUGGAACUCCUACCUCGGCGUCUUCCGGAAGGGCGCGCACCGGCCCUUCGGCGACGCCAAGUUCGACAGCGUCGAUCUUUUCAUCGAGCAAGGAAACCCGGCGAAGCACUACGACGUGCUUGCCAGGGAGCUCGCCAAGCACAAGAUCGGCGACGGGAACAGGAAGCCAAUCCAACUCUCGGCGACAGUGCACUGUGCCUUCAUGAACCACCUCAUCACCAUGGGGAUCUACGAGCGCAUCCACGUCCGGUUCUUCGACGACGACGAUGCCCACAGUACUAACUGCAAUGCAUACAGCGAGAAGGUAUGGGACAGCUGGACGGCCGCGUACCCGUCCAGCAGGAUCUUCCUUGGUCUGCCUGCAUCGCCCGAGGCGGCCAAGGAAGGCUACCUGUACCCGAAAAGCCUCUACUACGGCGUGCUCCCGGUGGUGCAGAAGGCGGCCAACUACGGCGGCGUCAUGCUCUGCGAUCGAAACUUCGACGCACGCAGCAACUUCAGCAGCUAUGUCAAAAGGUGGGCUUGAGAAGACACGACAAAGAAUUGAACACUAGGAAAGUGGUUCUGUAUGCUAUGCAUCUAUUUAUAUAAAUUGUAUUUAUAUAUAAGGAAUAAAUAUAAGUCA